AGUUAUUAUCGAUAGUUUUAUCUUAUUUCUUGUAAUCCUUAUUUUUGAGAAAUAAAGGAAAGAAUUAUAUUUCAUUAAGUUACGGACGGAAAAUAUAACUGGCUCUCAUAAGCUUAAUAUAAAAUACAAUGGAUGGCUUGGAGGAUGCAUCCCAAAUGGAAAUCAAUCUCUCCAAUACAAACGCGAACUCCCAAAUAGUGUUAAACGAUCUUCGACUUCUCGAGCUAAUCUAUAUGUAUCCGUUUCUAUUCAGCAAAGCGGUACGUCCCCAAAAUGACAAAGACUAUGAGGAAUGGGGCUGGGGGGAAAUAGUGAAGGCAUUCAAUUUAAGUUACGAGGGCUUAGAGCUCUCCGCGCCCUUCUCCGUCGAGGAGCUCCAGUGGCGCUGGUACAACCUGCGGCCCAUAUGCCCGACGCUCGGUAAAGCGUGCGGCCAAAUACCGAGCGCACUUCGGGAUAUAGUUAGCAAAAUAAACCAAAUGAUGAAUGUGAAACCGCCGGCAAACAUCAAGGGUUUGACUUCGACGCAACAGUUUUUACUCGAUCAACUGCCGUUUAUCGAGCAGCUGUCGACGGCGCACCAGCGGCAGUUGGAGGUCGAGGUACUGGACGCCAUAUUCAAGGAAGAGCGCAAGGUGCGUUUAGUUUGCAAGGACCUCGGUAAAAAGGAGCUGGCAAUUGUGCUAAACGAGUACGAUGCCUUCCUAAAGGCGAUACGCGUCAAAGAGCUGCCCGUACAGGUCAGCUCUCGCAGAAGCUCCGCUAGCAGCAACGGCAGCAGCAAACCGGACAGUUCUGCAGCUGCUCGUUCCAGCAAUCUGGUCAUCAGCGAUGUACGCGGCCACAGCGAACCGCAGCCGGAGCCAGCAAACCCGCCCACAUCACCGCUGGUCAUAAAGAAUGAGCCACCGGAUCAGCUUGAAAUAGAGCUGCAGCCGCUGUCAAAACAGUCGCCCGAUAAAGAAGCUGAUCCAAGGCUGCGAUAUGUGCCGCUCAAGAGCGCCAAGUACUAUGUGAAAAAGGUGCAAGUGAGACUGAAGCGCCUGGAUCUCGCCGACUAUAUGCCGCUGUCGUAUGUGAGGAAGACCCGCAACAGAAGCUCCUGACUGCGUUCGGGAGCUAUUCAGUUAAGUUAGUCUUAUAUCAAAUGCACAAUAAGUUUAUUUAAAAAAUACAUUACUAUAAAUUACAACUUA